CCGGCAGGAUCAAUAGUCGCGUUCCGGACUCAAUUGGUUGUACCCGCUUGGAGAUACAUUUGAAAUUUUUCUUAAACCAAAAAAAACUAUGAGAGUUCACAUUCUUGCUAAAUUUUUGUCCCAAAUCGAUAUUUAAUAAAAACCAACAUUGCGCAAGACGUAAUUCAAAGAAUGAGUCAUCUUUAACUUCAAUAACCUCACAUACUGCUACUUAAAUUUUGUUCUCUUUUCUUUUUCUUGAUUGAACAAAAAUUUCAAAACUAGUUUUUCCUGUGUCAGUUUUCAUCUAAAUUCAGCCUUUCUAACUCAAUCUCUUUUCUUUUUUUAUUUUUUAGCUUAUACUAAAUAGAAAUAUUUAAUUUUAAAAUCUUCACUAGUUCAAAUGUCUACUACUGCUAAUAAAUCUUUUCUUAUAUUUUCAAUUUUAAUACUCAACUUAAUAAAUCAUACAGAGGCAUGUACAUGCAGAAUAGCACCGCCUGGAAUAAACUAUUGCUUAGCAGAUUGGGGUAAAUUACAAUUUAAAAAUUAAACAAAAAUUUAAUAGUCGCCCGUGUUUUGGUGCUUAAGCGGAAUGAGGGUGUUAAAAUGCCCGGUAGCAUUGAUCAACAAACUAAAGAAAAUGUGCGAUAUAAAGUUAAGUACGAACAAAUGUUCAAGAUCAGUAGUGAAAUGACAGUAACAGAGCAAAGUCUUGUUGUAUUACCAGUCAACAUUUAUACAUCUUUGCAUGAUUCUGCCUGUGGUAUUCAACUAGAAAUAGGGCACGACUAUUUGCUUUCAGGUAAAUAUGUUAAUGGUACAAUGCAAACAAGUUUAUGUGGCCAAAUUCUACUCGAAGAUCUAAAAGAAUCCCGAAAACAUGAUAUUCUGGAAUGGACUGAAGUUCCAGAUAAAUUAAGACAGCAGUUGAAUAAACAAGAAUUCGAUUCAACAUGCGAAAAGGAGCUAAAAUAG